AUGGAGAACAUAGGAAUAUCCCCGUUUCUAUUUUGUCUCCGGAUCCAGAUCAACCCCCAGAACAAAGGCGAGUUCCAAGGCAUUUCACCGGAGCGGGCAUUUGCUGAUUUCCUCUUUGCCAACACCAUCCUCCAUCUUGUCGUCAUCAAUUUUGUUGGCUGAACUCUAGAAGAGACUGUGAGGUCUUGAAUUGCUCUUGAGCUCUGAUGCCAAAGCCUGGCAUUGGGAGGUGCUGUUCCCCAGCAGACCUACUUCCUUGGUGGAGGAAGGGGGCGCACGGAUGCACAGCUCAAGACUUUUCCCCACAGACUGCCCUAUGGAGGGGUCUGCUGCCUCGUUACAGUUACUGUAAUCCUUUCUGUCAAUAAAACCCUUUAUAA